CGUCUCUCUGUUUCUCUUCUCACGCUUUGUCUCCAAAACAAUUUUCGAAGUCUGUCUUUGAUCGGAAGAGGAAGGACGCCAUGGAAAUUCGAGUGGCGGAACGGGAGAAGGAGGAGAAGGACGACAUUACAGUCAAACGAAGAAAUAAGGAAAAUGUCUGUUGUGCAAAUUUUGCAGAGUGAAAGGAUGGAAGGGGGAAUGCCGAAGAGAGGCGUUCGAAGCGACCCACUCUUAUUUGCAAGAGUUAUAGUUUCUUUCCAUAGUAAUAACCCUACGUCUCUUUAUUUGGGUUUUGUCUUUAUGUCCUUAUUUUAUUCCAAUUAAUAAUUGUUAUUUCCAUAGUAGGAGUCCAAGACUUAUAUGGAAUUGUAAGGUAUUGCCUUUAUAUGGCACCUCACGUUCCUUGUCCAAGUCAGAGUAGGGUUAUGAGUCCUAACCCUAAGUGUCGAAUGUAACUUCUAUUUAAGCAGAGUUUUGCAUUAAAGUUGGGAGGAGAAUAUUUUAGCAAAAUCGAUACUUUGUGUUGUGAGGAUUGGGGUCUCUCUAACGAUCUCAAUUUAUUUUCUAUGUUGUGAGGUUUGGGGUCUCUCUAAGGAUCUCAAUUUAUUUUCUGCAAUCAUAGGCAGGACUCAUCCUGUUUUCCUACCGACUGCCCAGGCCACUUUGGUCACCUGGAGCUCGCCAAGCCUACCUGCGUUUGCAUCCGUUGCUCCAAGAUUCUGGCCGACUACGAGAAUAUAACUCUGUUUACGCUGGCCGAAAAUUAAACCUACAACGAGAAGAUGAUGAAGUUUGAGGGUAGGCCCAAUUUACGACUCUAUGAGCUUUAGUCCAAUUGCGUGCAACGUAAAAGCCCAUUGACAGUUGGAUCUAAAGUCCAAGGGUUGCGUGUGGAUUUAAAAAUUUGGCCUCAAUUGCAUGUGAAUUCUACUAAGAUUCGGACUUUGUCUGCCAAACCCUAUAGGAGGAUGCAGACCAACAGGGUGCGGCGGAACAGGAACACUUUUUACUUGCCCAAAGAUGUGGUCAGAGACAUUCUGUUGAGGCUGCCGGUGAAGCCCCUUGUUCGAUUCAGGCUGGUAUGCAAAUCCUGGUCUGCCUUGCUGAAAAGUCGUGAUUUUACGACCACCCAUCUCAGCCGCUCAGCCAGUCAUGGCUGCAAUCACCUACUACUUGUUAACACUCAAGGAGUUAAUAGCCAUACCAUGGCCUUGAUAUCGAGGAAAGCGCUCGAUGUGGCGGUCCCGAUAGAAACUCCAGAAGAAGCAUGCGGGCCUAUGGGAAUGGUGGGUUCUUGUAAUGGUUUAGUCUGUUUAUAUCGUGAUUGGUGGGUUUAUAUGUUUUGGAAUCCUGCUACUACAGAAAACAGGAUUCUGCCCACACCUCUCAUCGAUAAUCCCACCUUCCGGAAUAAAGAGAUAAUGAGAGUCUCCGUAGGAUUUGGUUAUCAUUGUAAUGAUUACAAGAUGGUGAGGAUUGUGUAUUGUAGUGAUUGUGCCGACGUUGAGGUGUACUCGACGAGUAGGGGUUGUUGGAGAGUGAUCAAUUCCAUUUUGCCAUGUGAGAGCAAGCAGCGUACGUGUUCGGUAAUCCUCAAAGGAGUGCCAUAUUGGCUGGGUUCUGCUUCUGGCAAACGGUUUGUCUUGUCUUUUGACAUGGGCAAAGAGGUGUUUCGGCAGGUGCUUGUGCCCUCAGAUCCUGACCCUUCUUACAAGAGUCUUGGGGUAUUCAAUGGAUCCUUGGCUAUAAUCUACCAUCCUUGCCCUGCAGACUUAGUCAGCAAUUUCAUUGAUUUUUGGGUGAUGAAAGAUGACGAAAGUUGGAGCAAAGUAGUGAGGAUUGGACCCUUUUCAGGUAUGGGGUUCCCGCUCAGGUGUUGGGAAGAUGGGGUUGUCAUAUGGGCGCAGGGCGAUUACGGAAGGUUGCUAGUGUAUGACCCCAUUACCAAAUCAAUAAAGCGAGUUCCUCCAAUGUAUUGGGCUCCCAAGAUUUGUACUACCAGCGUUUCCAGUUACAUCGAGAGCUUAGUUUCUGUCAACGGAAGAAACACCAAACAUCUGUAAUUUUAGCGUAGAUUACUCGUCUACUGAUUAUAAUUAAUGAAAUAAACAAGUUGAUGCCAACCCGAUUCGUGGCUAGCUAGUACCUCAUUUUUGCUUUUUGUUAGAAUAGUUUUCUUGUCUUGUUUAUCGCAUUUUAAUUUCUCUGUAAAUAUAUAUAUUUCUUGUAAUACAGUGGUUUUCAUUGGUCUC